UCCGAUCCUCCCGCCAUGUCUUCCUCUCCGAUCCCACGAUCUCAAGAGGAGGAGGACCGUGAAGGGUUUUCGCAAAGAAGUCAUGGCCUUGGUACAGUCCUUAGAAGAGACGGCUUCGUCAGAAUCGAUUUGGAGACACCUUCGUGACCAUCAUGGAAUCACCAAGUCAGAUUCACAACGUCGGCUGUUAGCAGACCCAUCGUUCAACGUCCCCGCGAGAAUUACCGAUCAUCCUUCAACGCCAACGGAAUCAAAGCUGGCCUCCGGUCUACUCUACAACGAUGUAGCUGUUGAACACUCCGGUCGGGGGAUUCAACUCACUGUUAACGAGCAACAAUGCCUGAUCAGUUUAUGUAGAAAUAUGAUGGACCAUUACGAACUGGGACACUACCCCAAAAGUUUCUGGAUUCGAAUCUCCGCGGCUCUACAGGAGCAAACUGGCCGCCGAUAUUCGUGGCAGUCAUGUCGACGACGCAUUAUCGGCUAUAUAACGAAACGCAAGGCAUACUGGGCCGCUUACAAAUACAAUAAUAUUCCGGAGUGUGACAUGCACAGCGAAGUCGCAGACGACGUUGAUUCCUGGAUGGGUUCGUGCGAUAGGAAGUUGGGACGGCCUGUGCGCCAUGAAGUCGCCCUGAAAGCGGCCGAGAAACCCGAAGAAGCCCCGCCACUUCGGGUAUCAGUUCAGCAACUGAUAAAGUACACUCGGGUUUCAAAUUGGGUUGAAAGUCUUCCGCCACCUGCAGAGAUGGAUCCUUUACCAACGAAAUUCGGCAUUCCUUCAUUGAGCUGGUGCCCUCCUUUCUCCAGUCACCAGUCAAUGUCCCAUUCCCAGUCUCCGAACCAAUCGCCGGUGCUCAACGAGAUCUCUAUGUACCGCCAGCGGGUGGGCGCUCCUCGUGGGAUUCAUCUUGCACCGUCCAACACACCCUCCUACAGAGGCCAACCUACGGACCAACAGGACAACUCCGGGAAACGGGACAGUGGACUGAUCACCGAGAGACUAAAACAUUCGCCAUUAACCAAUGGCGCGGUUCAAAACCAGCCCUCUCCAGGCGCUGUCCUCGAGACAUCUCACAAUACUCAAGCCAGCAACAAACGACCUCGUGACGAUGAUGACAACGAUGACGCAGCCGAUGAUCGUCCCGCUCGUCGUCUCCGCCAAGACGAGCCCAGCCAUCCGUCGGGCACCAUAACUCUGAAUCAGGAAUCCGCGGUGAACGGCACGAAAGCCGUGGACAGCUCUGUCGAGAACACGUUUGGCAAACUUUGGGAGCGAGUUGCACCACUCUUUAAGGACCCCGUUCUUGCCCAGGGUCCCGCGGCAAUGAAAUCCGAAUCUAUCAUGCGCGAUCUAUUCAGCGAAAUUGGAACGGCUCUAACUAAGGCCUUUACGAGAAUGAGAGAAGACAAUGACGAACCUGAGAAGAUCUGAAACGCACAUGGAACAAUUUUUUUUCUUAUCUCUUUCCUCUUGUUAUGGCGCACUCAGCGGUAUAGUUCUCAUCUUUGCUUUUUCUUACGACACCGCCCUUCUUUCACCUUUCUCUUUCAUUUUUACAACAAGUUUGGGCGGCAUUGCAUACAUUGAUAUACCUCUAUUUUUUGUUCUGCCUUUCUUCGCUAUCUCAUCAUCCCUACCCAUGGUAGCGUUGUCAUUGCGCAUCAGAUUGCAUUAGACUGCCAGAGAUACCCCUUGCAUAUAAAUUGGCACACUUGGCAUCGCAUAUUUUGUCUUCUGUUUUUAUGUUACAAGGUUUUGAAUUACACUGCACAAAGCAAACUUCGUUAUGCAUUUCCAUCCAGCAGAUAGAGAGUUCUCUGUUAUUCAUUGUUAAUACUAGUCAACUACUGCUCUACAUAUCAAACGAUCGACCACAAAACCAC